GAGAGAGAAUACACUGUGCCUGACUGAUACAAGAAGGGGAAAAGGUCCAGUUCAGUCCUAGACAGCUAGGAUACUAUAAAGGAGAAACGCCUUCAGGACACACACACAUACACACAGACACAGAGGAAUAAGUAAAGAGGGGCUGACAGAUUUGUACAAAUAGAAGCCGACAUACUCUGUGUGUGUGUAUGUGUGUGUGUGUGUGAUUGUGUGUGCAAGUGUGUCUGUGUGUGUGUGUGAGAGAGACAGUGUGCAUGUCUGUGUGAACAUGUGUUUGUGUGCGUGUGAGAGAGUGAAUCAGUGUGUGUGUUUGUGAGAGUGUGCGUGAGUUUGAGGUGUGUGCGUGUGUGUGUUUGUGAGUGACUGUGUGUGUGUGAGAGAGAGAGAGUGUGUGAGUGAGUGUGUGUGUGGACAGUGUCAGAAUGAGUGAAGUGACCAUCUCUCGCUCCAUUUACACCGAGGACCAGUUUGACCAGCACUUCAGCAGAUCCUGUGGGGAAGAACGAGUCCCGGAGAGGAGCUGGAAGCAAAUGGUCAGCAGGAGCUGCGCCAGCUCAGGGAACACGUGGAGAUGUUUUGUGAGAGCGCGGUUCCCUUGCCUCACCUGGUUACCCAGGUACAAGUUCAAGCGGUGGCUGGCUGGGGACAUCAUUGCUGGUCUGACAGUGGGGAUUAUCCACAUCCCGCAAGGGAUGGCUUUUGCUCUGCUGACGUCUGUGGCCCCAAUCUAUGGGCUGUACACCUCGUUCUUCCCUGUGAUGCUGUACAUCCUUUUUGGAACUGGACGGCAUGUGUCCACAGGUACCUUCGCUGGGAUUAGUUUGAUGACGGGUUCUAUCGUUGAGCGCUUAGUACCACGCCAAUGGAAUGUCACAAGCCUGGAAGAUUCAGAGUUGGAGAAGCAAAGGAUAUCUGUUGCUUCAGCAGUGGCCUUUCUCUCAGGUCUUAUGAUGAUCUGUAUGUUCGUCCUGCAGCUCGGAUUCCUUUCCACCUACUUGUCUGACCCAAUCGUGAAGGCGUUUACAAGCGGCACUGCAUUCCAUGUCACCAUCUCCCAGCUCAACACCAUGCUUGGACUACAACUUCCACGCUUUGCUGGACCCUUCACCAUCUUUAAGACAUUGGCAUCAGUAUUUGGAGCGCUCUCUGCCACCAACAUUGUUGAGCUGAUUAUUUCUCUGAUUUGCCUCAGUGUGCUCAUUCUGACAAAAGAGCUCAGCAGCCGCUUCAGGGAGAAAUUCCGCACUCCCAUUCCCAUCGAAGUGGUCAUGAUUAUAGUGGCUACUACAAUCACCUUUGCUACAUCACUUGAUGAGUGCUGCAAUGUCCAGGUCGUGGGUCAUAUCCCUGCAGGAUUCCCAAUUCCCCAGUUGCCAGCAUUGGAGAGCAUCCCGAGUAUAAUCGGAGAUACCAUUGCAAUUACCUUUGUUGGCUAUGCUGUGUCUGUAUCACUGGCUACGAUCUAUGCAGACAAACACAAAUACAAGAUCGACCCCAACCAGGAACUCUUGGCUCACGGAAUUUCAAAUACCAUCUCCUCCCUAUUCACCUGUUUCCCAAGUUCAGCUUCGUUGGCUACAAGCAAUAUCCUCGAGAGCACAGGGAGUUCUACACAGCUUGCUGGAUUUUUCACCUGUCUUGUUGUCUUGGUGGUGCUACUUUUGAUCGGGCCGCUGUUUUACUCUCUACCCAAGGCAGUCCUGGCCUGUAUUAACAUCACCAGCCUGCGCCAGAUGUUCCUCCAGUUCCAGGAUCUACCAGAGCUGUGGAGAGUGAGCAAAAUGGACUUUAUGGUCUGGGUGGUCACAUGGCUGGCUGUAAUCACACUGAAUGCAGACCUCGGCCUAGCUGUGGGCGUGGUGUUUUCCAUGAUGACUGUGAUUUGCCGCACUCAAAGAGUUGGCUGUUCUGUAUUGGGCCGAGCCUCAAACUCAGAGAUUUACAGACCAGUGGACAGCACUAUGUGCCAGGAAAUUCCUGGUCUGAAGAUCUUGUCUUACCAUGCUCCCAUUUACUACGGAAAUAAGAGCUACUUCCGGGAUACCAUGGCCAAAUUAAUCGGACUGACCCCUGAAAAGAUCAAAAAGAAGGAAGAGAGAAAGAAAGCAUUGGAGAGAGUCAAAAAGAUGGCCAUUAACACCAUCGAUCAUGGACUCACACAGCCUCGCUGUCCAGCCAGUGCAACUCCGUCGCCAUCAGAUAAGCAAGAUAAAAGGAUUCAGUCUGUUGUGAUCGACUGCAGUAGCAUCAUAUUCAUUGACACAGCUGGAGCAAGAUUAUUUGUCCAGAUGUGUGCAGACUGUCAGAAAGCCAACAUGUGGGUCUAUCUAGCAGGCUGCAACAAGGAUGUUUUGAAAAUAUUGACGUGUAGUGGCCUAUUCGACCACCUUCAUCCAGAGCAGAUCUUUGUAACAGUUCAUGAUGCUGUCAUCCAUGUGGAGCGAAUGGAGGAAGCAGUGUCACAGAAAAGCGCUACAAUUUGGGUAUGAAAGAAUCGGUGGACUUUCUGCUCAAUAAUCGCUGUAACACUUAAAAAGGACAAUCAUAAGGUCUGCCUGACCACAAUUGCCUUUCAAGGAGACUCGAAAUGAAGUGAAUGAGUUCUAUUUAACCUACAACGCAAAACAAGACUUUUUUUGUGCAACAUCUUGCUGGCAGAAUACAACUACAGCUUAAGCUGCACAGAAUGGCUUGUUCCAGAGAGAAAGGAUCCAAAUGGGGCAACACAAAGUCAGUUUGAACUGAAGUUGCCGUUUGUCGCUAUGUGAUUUGAAUGUAGUUGGCUUGAAAGAAUCCGGUCAGUAAGAGAUAAAUUACAAAAGAAUGAUUGGGAAUAAAAGGACACCUUUUUAUAUGGGAGGGUUUGCCAAUGCGAUAUCGGGAUUGGGAGACAAAGGAGUGCAGGGAAUAAAGGAGAGUGAUGCCCACGUCUGCGUGGGCAGGCCGAUUGAGAACGUUGAUUAAGCUGGGCACCAUGAGACCACCAGCGUUGGUAACUAACAUGGUAGGACUCAGUGUUGUGCCCUUGAUUUGCCCUCUGCCCGUGCCCCCCCGUCCCGGAGCAGUUUUGCCAGACAUUCUUUCUCGUGGAGGCAUCCCACAAAGGAACAUUUGAAAACCAGCUGUUUCGCAGCCCAGCAGUGAUGAUUGGCUCUGUAUUCCCAGGAUGGGCCCCCAUGCUGAAGGAAAUUCACUCUCUUUGAUUGUUUUGCAAAUCUUUCAAUCCAAUUUUUCCUUUAUCUCGUUUUUUUAUGGGACGUGACUUCACUGGCAAGACUGGCAUUUAUUACCCAUCCCUUUACCCUCCAACUGAGUAGCUCUCUGGGCCAUUUCAGAGGAUGGUUAAGAGUCAACCACAUUGGCUGUGGGUCUGGAGUCACGUGUAGGCCCAGACCAGGUAAGGACUGCAGUCUCCCUCUCUGAAGGACAUUAGUGAGCCAGAUAGGGUUUUUACAACAAUUGACAAUGGUGUUAUGGUCACCAUUACUUGAAAUUUUUACUUGAGUCUAAAUUGAUGUUUGGACUUAUACCCACAUCCCGAAAGUGGUAUCUGGACAAAAAUUCCGGUGACGUUAACUACAUCAGCAUCUCCCCAUAAGACUUUGAUUUCAGCUGAUCAACGCUAAGACUCCCUGUUAUGACAUUGUGCACUGUGUCACUCACUGAAACUUGAUUCAACACUAGUCCUCCUCCUCAGUCCCACCUCUCCACCUGCCAAAACCAGUUUUGAUUUCUCCAGCGUUAACCCCCAAAGAGGGUAAGAGGCCUCUCACAACUGAUAUUCCUUCAAACUGUGACUGAUCUGUAUCUUAACUGCCCCUCUUCAUCUUGGUCCCAUAAUUCCCUGAGAGAUGGUGUUUCAUGAUAUUCAGAUAAGCUUCUGAGGUAAGCUGUGAUGUCAGUCUCUGCUGGGAGAUUGGAGCCUGUACAGCUCAAAGCAAGCAAACCUUACCAUCAUAUACAGGCUAUUUAUAAAUGUUGUUGAAUGGUAACUUAAUUAAAUCAGUCUGACCUGAACUGAAGACCCAUGAAUACCCAUAUUGCAACACCUCAUGGCAUACCUAUCCCAGAAAAUAUCUACCAAUCCCAUUUUGGGAAUUUUCAAUUGACCCCUAAUAUCAGCAAUGUAUUUGUUUGGGUGAAGGCUGGCAGAGUGGCUCAGUGAUUAGCACUUGUGCCUCACAGCACCAGGGACCUGGGUUUGAUUCCACCCUUAGGUGACUAUCUAUGUGGAGUUUACAUGUUCUCUCCCGGUGUCUGUGUGUGUUCCCUCCCACAGUCUAAAGAUACGCAGGGUGGAUUGGCCAUGCUAAAUUGCCCGUAGUGCCCAGGAAUUUGCAGGCUGGGUGAGUUAGCCAUGGGAAAUGUGUCGAUGUAGGGGGAGAGGUGGGAUGCUGUUUGGAGGGUUGGUGAGGACUCAAUGGGCCAAAUAGUCAACUUCCACAUUGUAGGGAUUCUCUGAUAAGAAGUGCUACCUGGCAUUGCCCCCUGAAUGGCUUGGAUCAAAUGUUGAAAUUCUGCACCCUUUGUCCCCCACUACCUCGCAGAGGAGAUCGUUUCCCUUUGCCUGGCCUAUCAGUUCCUUCAGUCACCUCAAUGAGAUGGUCAACUUAAUCAUCCAAGACCUGCCAUUUUGCGUUGGCUCAAAAAGAUUGGCCACUUCCAUAAGAUAUCAGGUUGGCCAUUAACCACGGCACCAUACCAGUCAACACAUUAGGAAUAACAGGCAAAAAGCAAAGCUCGCAGCUACUUGCGUUUAAUUGAGGCCCACAGAAGUUUGAACAUUGAAUGAUCAUCUUUACCUGUUGGCACUUAGAUCUGAGCACCUCAUAAUUGCUGUCAUUGAUUUACCAAUGUGAUUCUGUUAGAGAUUUGUGUGUGUGUGUGUGUGUGUGUGUGUGUGUGUGUGAGAGUGUGUGUGUGUGUGUGUGUGUGUGUGUGUGUGUGUGUGUGUGUGAGGGAGAGUGUUGGUGUGUGUGUGUGUGAGGGAGAGUGUUGGUGUGUGUGUGUGUGAGUGUGUAUGCGUGUGUGUG